UGCAGGAACAGACUGUGGCGCUACAGGAGAGAAGAGAGAGCUGGAGGAAUGAAAGAAAUCAUAGAAAAGGGGGUAAAUUUCAGGGUAGAAUAAAGAAUAGAGGCGUUUAGUGAGAGAAAGAUGUGGUGCAGAUAAAAGAGACGGCGGUGAAGAUAGAAGAAAAGGUUAAAGAGAAGAGAAAGAGAGGAAACCUGGAAACAACGAGUGGAAGAAACACUGAGAGAAUGAGGAAGAGAAGAAAGUGAAGGACAAUGACAGAACGAAGGACGGGUGGAGAGUAUUCCUCAGGUCUACAGGUGGAGAUAUGGCGCAGCGUUUGACUGGAGGAGGCAGCUGGAUGGAGGGAUGAUGGAGCAAUGAUGAAUGAUGGAUGAUGGACACCAGAAGCUCAAAGCUGUUGUGUUUGUGGGUCAGCACGGUGAAGCUCAGAUCUCUGAUUCAACACAAACUUCCAGCUGACUGUGAUGUCACCGUGAAGCACGAAUCAUCUGUUCACUGAUGUGUCAGCGAUGACUUUCUUAAAAUGUCCUGAAGACUUUGGAUGGAAAUGACAUCGCUGUGCUUCACUGAACUCUUCGGGAUCUGUUCAGUCAUGUAUGAAGACGACAUCAGUAGAGGACAGAUGAGAGAGAUGGACAGACAGUUUACUGAUAACUUCAGGAGAACUCUGGACAAUUUGACCUCUUGUGAUUAACAAAUUCUGGUUUCUGUUAAAAACGACAUUGAACACACCGAUCCGUUAAAGUGGAAGUGAUAUGAGUCGAACCAAGAAAAGUCUGGACAAACUCCCAAAGUUCUCGAAGUCUUUGACAGAGACUGAAAUCACCCAGAAGUCUCUCCACAGAUGAUGAUGGAGGUUAGUGAUGGAGGUCACUGAGUGAACUCAUUGGACAUACGAAUGAAACCUGCUGGAAUAUUUUAGAGAAAAUCUUUGAGGAGUUUGGUGAGAAUCACUACAACCUCUGACCCGGAUGUGACAGCUGGACAAGUCGUUGACAAACCGAGACGCACUGUGGAAAUUGUCCGAGGAUGUUUCUGAACACAGGAAACAAACCAGAUUAACGACGGUUGAAGAAGUCUUGUGGACCAAAAGAACAAAUUUCUCCUGAACAAACUGGUUCUGGUCAGACUGGGACACCUGACACAGGAUGUGGAUUUUGUAUCAAACAGCUGCUCUGAUCCUCUGAUGUCUUUUUACUGGAUAUAACUUCAUCUCUAACCCACUUUUCUGGAUCAGGUCUGGCUCCUGGUGCUGACCCGUCAUGUUUCACCAUCGAGUUGAAUGUUCAUCUCUGAGCCUCGCUGAUCAGACGACCCUCGUUUACAUUUAAUUUGUACGUAUUGUUGGAUUCAAUUUAUUUAUGAUGGUGAAUGGUGAAGACGAGAACACAUUUGGACCUGGUUCCUCUUCAGCGAGAAGAACUGGGCAGAGAUAAUGGACUGGAAGGAAGUGGCGGCUCAGAAGCUCAGUCUGUCCCGCAGGAAGAAGUCCCAGCCUGGCCCCGCCUCCUCGCCCCCUGAAGCCCCGGGGNNCCUGCUCUACACUGGGGGCUUCAGCGGGGCCCUGCAGCUCUCCCCGCCCGCCGUCCCACCAUGUCUCCUCCGGGCUGGCUCAAAGGUCAAGGACAAGCCAGGGAUGGGGAAGGUGAGGGUGAUGGUCCGGAUCUGUUCGGUCCACAGCAGCGAGUCCUCAGAGUCCAUGUCGCUCCUCAAGGUGGACGGCAGGAAGAAGCAGCUGACUCUCUGCGAGACGUCGGCCGCAGGACUCUCAGCCGCCGGCCACAGACGAUCCUCCGCCGCUGCUCCGAAGACCUUCCUCUUCGACACCAUCUUCUCCCAGGAUGCAUCACAGGCUGAGGUGUGUUCAGGGACGGUGGCUGAAGUCAUCCAGUCGGUGGUGAACGGAGCAGACGGCUGCAUCUUCUGCUUCGGACACGCUAACCUGGGUAAGACGUACACCAUGAUUGGUCGGGACUGCUCCACCCAGAGUCUGGGCGUGGCUCCUACAGCUGUCUCGUGGCUCUUUAAGGUGAUCGAGGCGCGGACGGAGAAGUCAGGAGCUCGUUUCUCCGUCAGAGUGUCGGCGGUGGAGAUCUCCGGUCGGGAGGAAACGCUCACCGACCUCCUCGCUGAACUCUCCUCCUCCUCCUCAGCAGCAGGGGGCCAGCAGGAGGCCCCGGGCCCCGCGGUGUCCCUGAGAGAAGAUCCCCUCUGUGGGUCACAGCUGCAGAACCAGACGGAGCUGUGGGCGACCAGUGCUGAGCGAGCAGCGUUUUUCCUGGACGGCGCCUUGGCAGCAAGGAGAAGCAGUCGGGCACCGAGCGACCAGGAGGCCCGGAGGAACUCGCACUUCCUGUUCACCCUGCACCUCUACCAGGAGAGGCCGGACAAGAGCAACAAGGCAGCAAUGUCUGGUCGGAGUCGUCUCCACCUGCUGGACUUGGGGAGCUGUGAGACGGACAUCAGCAGGACCAGAGAGGGAGGUGGAAGUCAGUGUCUGUCUCUGUCUGCGCUGGGAAACGUCAUCCUCGCCCUCGCCAACGGAGCCAAACAUGUUCCCUACAGGGACAGUAAGCUCACCAUGCUGCUCAGUGAAUCCCUGGGAAACAUCAACUGUCAAACUACCAUGAUCGCACACAUCUCCGACUCCCCAGCCAACUACAUGGAGACGCUGACCACAGUGCAGCUGGCCUCACGCAUCCACCGCAUGAGGAAGAAGAAGAACAAGUACGCCUCCAGCUCGUCCGGAGGAGAGAGUUCUUGUGAAGAAGGUCCGUCCCAUCGGCCUCCUCACCUGCGACCCUUCCAUCCUCGGACCAUGGCCCUCGACCCGGACAUGCCCCUGCUGCUCUCCAGUGAUCCCGACUAUUCCUCCAGCAGCGAACACUCCUGUGACACCGUCAUCUACGUCGGACCUGGGGGGGCAGCCAUCUCAGACCAAGAACUGAGCGACAACGAGGGACCGCCUUCUUUUGUACCUAUCAUCCCCUCCCUGAACAAAAAGCGAUUCAAAGACGCUCCCCCGUCUGAUCAUUUUAAGUGUAACACAUUCGCAGAGCUGCAGGAGAGACUCGAUUGCAUCGACGGCAGUGAGGGUCCGGCUGUGUUCAGCACAGAGGGCAAAGCAGCACAAGCAGCAGUACUUAGGACUCAGACUGGAGCAACUAAACCCUCAGAGGCAAGGUCUCCACCCAAGUCCAACACCAUCUCCUCCCUAAAGUUCUCUGAGAGCACAGCAACCACAAGCACAAAUAAACCUGAUCAGGAACUGUCCAGAUUCCCUUCAGCCAGCAGUCUCAUGGACACGUCCAAGAGGACUAGUGCGGAUGGUGAAAAACUUUCAGCCAACCUCUUACGGUCAUCUGUCACGAAGCCCAGCUGGAGUUUCUCCCAGGAUCCAGAGCCAGUUGUGCGAGAGAAGGUCUACCUCAGAGGAGGUGUGCCCAAGCCAUCAGCCUCACCAUCCUUACCCAGGAUAUCCAGGGCAGCUUCUCAGCCUGGGGAGGUCAUUGGUAGGACUCCCCCUGUGGGUAUGAGUCAACCAGCUCUGUGGAAAGGCCAGCCAGAGGGGUCCUCAAACACAGAGAUGGUCCCCACUACAAGCAGAUCUGUCAUGGAAGACAACAGCCUUCAGGCAGCCCUGUUAGGAAGGUGCCUGGACAGGGAUUUUUUGAGGACUACAGUUACCCUGCAGCAGCCCGUGGAGCUGAACGGAGAGGAUGAGCUGGUGUUCACAGUCGUAGAAGAGCUUCCUCAUGGCCUUGUUCCGGACAAUGGCCGCCCCUCCAACCUGCUCAGUUUCAACAGUGACUGCAGUCUGCAUAGAUCAGCCAGCGGCGCUCAUCCUGUGAGCAUCAUCAGCAGUAUUAACGAUGAGUAUGAUGCUUAUACAUCUCAACAAGAAUCCAUGGGACCGAGGGCUGGUCUUAGCAUGUUUUUACAAGACAGCAACAAACAAUCAGCUGUUUGUUCAUGGCCAGGUGAACAAAGUGUUCAUUCAGCUGAAAGUGAAGCUACUCAUUCAACUAGCAGCCUUUACAGGAGGGAGAAAAACAUGGCGACAGGGCAUGCAUCCGUGCUAACCUCACCAUUUCUUAAACAGACGUUUUUGCAGCAUGGCAUCAAGAGCUCCCUGAAUGACAGUGGCUGUUUCUCAGAGCUGGACAGUAGCCAUGCUACUCCAAACAAGUCUCCCUUUAUCAAGUGUCCCCCCUCCCCUGACUCAACCAAAGCCUCUCUUAAAGGCUCUCUUAGGACGAGAGCCAAUACUCUGAACACUUCAGCCCAGAUUCCUCAUCAUGGCGCCCAUUCCAGUCUUCCCAGGAAAAACAAGUCUACCUCAUCUGCAGUCGUGGGCUUCAGCAGGCAGGAAGGCAGACAAGAAGACUUUUUGCCUCAGGGAAGCAGUGACUUUGAUCCCAAAGAGGUUGAGUGUCUCUCUGCAAGUAAGCCAACAAAAAGUGGCACAAGUAGUGUUUCCUCUAAGAGGCCCAUAGGAAACAGUAACAGUGUCCCUCGACCUCCAAAAGCACAAGUGUCGCUUUCAGCUCAGAGGGCUGUUGAUGGUUGUGAAAGAUCGAGCAACAGGAGAGGAGACACCCUCAUCAAGCUGCCACAACUCACCCGAGGUGCAACGACUCUUGGAACUGUAUCUACUCCCCAGAGUUCAGAAUCUAAAUGGGGUCCUGAGAGCAUGUCAGUGAUGGCCACCUUGAGGUUUUCAUCCUUGGGGAAAAAGGCUAAUGGGCAGAAAAGCAUCGGGAUCUCAAAGUCUGGAAACAUCUGUCCUUCUGGUCCAACUGUCAGACAGUCAAGCCAAGAACAAAAGACGAGGACUGUGUUAUUUCCAAGUGCCUUAAAAACAAGCAGUGACAUUGGAAAGUCUUCAUUCUCCAAAGCAUCGACCUCAGAGGAAGAUUUCAGCACCAGGCUGCGGGCAGAUUCCUUCAGUCACAGGACGUCCAGUCUAAAAACAGAGCAUGUCUCUGCCAGGACUUCAAGCCUGAAGACACGUGGGGCCAAAGCAGAGUCCUCCAGGCACUACGGGAGUCUGAUGUCUCUGGAAGGAUGUGACAGCCAAACCUUAGCUGGGUCCAAGCCUGAACUGUUCAGGGAGAACAGUGGUGCUACUGUCAGAGGAAACAGCAGAUCCAACAGAUCAGUGCCAAGACUCGGAGUUCCAGCAUCCAACUCCACCUCUGCUUCUUCUUCACAAGUUUCCCCUGGUGUCUUUGCAAGUACAAUCAAGGCACUGGGGCAGGUCAAAGGCAACAGCAGCUCACGAGUAGCAGUUUCUGGUGGAUCGAAGGUUCGAACCCUGUCUGCCAGUAGUUCCAAGAGCCCGAGCUCUUCCCCGAAACUUCUUGACAAUGUAGCUGGACGCAACCCAAGCCUACCUCCAACAGGAAAGUCCCCACCUCGGUCGGGGACAGGAAGCAAGAUGGGAAGAGGCACCAUCAUGGGCACAAAGCAGGCCAUUAGCAGGGCAGCUAACAGCCGGGUGAGCGAGCUAGCCACUGGGAGUCAAAGGAAUCAGCUCAGCAGUGGGCCCGGAGUGACAGGAAAUGAUGGCAUUGACAGCAGGACGAGUAGCGUCAGCAGCUCGCCCACCAGCACACCACUGCCAUCUCCUUACAGCAAGAUCACCGCGCCCCGAAAGCCACAGCGCUACAGCAGCGGGCACGGCAGUGACAACAGCAGCAUCCUCAGUGGGGAGCUGCCCCCGGCCAUGGGCCGCACUGCCUUGUUCUACCACAGUGGUGGGAGCAGUGGCUAUGAGAGUAUGAUCCGAGACAGCGAGACCACCGGCAGCACAUCUUCAACACACGACUCCAUGAGUGAGAGCGGAGUGUCGUCAUCCAAUAGAAGCAGAGUUUCUAAAUCACCCAAGAAGAGAGGAAAUGGUUUCCAGCGGCGCCGUUUGAUCCCCGCUGCCCUCCCUGACACCUCCUCUCUGGGCAGGAAGGUGGGGGGUCAGUGGGUGGACCUGCCUCCGCUGGGCGGCACCCUGAAGGAGCCGUUUGAGAUAAAGGUGUACGAGAUCGACGAUGUGGAGCGGCUGCAAAGGAGAAGGGAGGUGGUGACGGGGUCCGAGCCAUUCAACGAUGUUGAGAAGGGUUUGCUCUACUUUAACGCCCGGCUCAGGAUGCUGGAGAAGAGGCAGCAGCAGAUCAGAGAGCUGAGGAGCAAACAGGAGAGGCUGAAGGUGGAGCUGGAGGAGGCCAAGACCCGGCUGAUGCUUGAGCCCGGCAAAUGGAGUGGAGAGUUCGACGUGGACCCAGACCUGGACCGGGAGUCCCAGGAGUAUCUGGAGGCUCUGGCUCAGACUACGGCCGAGUUGGAGCACUGCGUCAACCUCUGCAAGUCCCGCGUCAUGAUGGAGACCUGCUUCGAUAUUGCUGCGACAACAAGCAGCGCCGCCGCGCAGGGAGGACAGCAGGAGGUGGAGGUGUGAGAGGAGAGACGGGUAUGGAUGUAAGACAGAGCUGGAUGCUGCUCCACGGUCACUGAGGCACAGAUUAGCAUGUUAGCAUCUGAUUAGCAACAAUGUUUCUGACUUUCUCUAUUUUCAAUACAAACUGGAGCUCCUUGUGUCUGUAAGUGUUACCAACACUGUUCACACCCGAUCAACAUCCACACUGAGAGACCCGAUCACACCUGGACAGCUGUCAGUACAGGUGUGGAUCUCCAGGUGCGUCACACUGAUGUGACAACAUGUUUGAUAACCUGCAGCAGCUGUUUGUGAACGCACCAAUAUCAGCACCAGACUCCAUUCACAAAUGUGUCAGUUUAGUGAGUUGUUGAGUUGGAGACACUUUAUAAACUCUGUGAAACUCUGUCUCUGACUCAUUCUGCAUUAUUUGGACCUUCUUGAUAAUUCAGCAAAUGUUCAGCAUGAACUUCUUUCUGUCUUUGAGUAGAAACAUGGAGUCUGUUUGUCUCAGUGAUGGACAGUUGAUCUCGCGGCCACUGCUGUGUGAACAGGAUCUGUAGGUUACAGCAGCUCAUGCUAACGUCACCUCCUCUCUUCAGUCUGGUUCAUCUGUGACAUUUAAUAAACUUCCCAAAGCUCAGAAAGUUAUUUUUUUAUUGAAGAUGUCGUCUCAUCUCAUCUCCGGGCAGAAUCCAACUCUGCUGACAUCUUCGUGCUGACCAAUGAGAGAAGAGAAAGACGAGAGAGUUUGAAUCGUGAUGACAGAAGAUGAACAAGAAGAAGAUCGAUGGUUCCACAGAAACUCUGACAUCAUUCAUUCAAUUGAUGCUGUACAGAGAGACAACCUGCUGGUCCUGGUUCAGACUGCUGGUCCUGGUUCAGACUGCUGGUCCUGGUUCAGACUGCUGGUCCUAGUUUUAGACUGCUGGUCCUGGUUCUAGACUGUUAGUCCUGGUUCAGACUGCUGGUCCUGGUUCUAGACUGCUGGUCCUGGUUCAGACUGCUGGUCCUGGUUCAGACUGCUGGUCCUGGUUCAGACUGCUGAUCCUGGUUCUAGACCGCUGGUCCAGGUUCUAGAUCGCUGGUCCUGGUUCUAGACUGCUGGUCCUGGUUCAGACUGCUGUUCCUGGUUCGGACUGUUGGUCCUGGUUCAGACUGCUGGUCCUGGUUCUAGACUGCUGGUCCUGGUUUCUGACUGCUGGUCCUGGUUCAGACUGCCGGUCCUGGCUCAGACCGCCGGUCCUGGUUCAGACUGCUGUUCCUGGUUCGGACUGUUGGUCCUGGUUCAGACUGUUGGUCCUGGUUCAGACUGCUGGUCCUGGUUCUAGACUGCUGGUCCUGGUUUCUGACUGCUGGUCCUGGUUCAGACUGCCGGUCCUGGCUCAGACUGCUGGUCCUGGUUCUAGACUGCUGGUCCUGGUUCUAGACUGUUGGUCCUGGUUUCUGACUGCUGGUUCUGGUUCAGACUGCCGGUCCUGGCUCAGACUGCUGGUCCUAGUUUUAGACUGCUGGUCCUGGUUCAGACUGCUGGUCCUAGUUUUAGACUGCUGGUCCUGGUUCUAGACUGCUGGUCCUGGUUCAGACUGCUGGUCCCGGUUCAGACUGUUGGUCCUGGUUCACACUGCUGGUCCUGGUUUCUGACUGCUGGUCCUGGUUCUAGACUGCUGGUCCUGGUUCAGACUGCUGGUCCUAGUUCUAGACUGCUGGUCCUAGUUUUAGACUGCUGGUCCUGGUUCAGACUACGGAUCCUAGUUUUAGACUGCUGGUCCUAGUUUUAGACUGCUGGUCCUGGUUCAGACUACGGAUCCUAGUUUUAGACUGCCGGUCCUAGUUUUAGACUGCUGGUCCUGGUUCAGACUGCUGGUCCUGGUUCAGACUGCUGGUCCUAGUUUUAGACUGCUGGUCCUGAUUCAGACUGUUGGUCCUGGUUCAGACUGCUGGUCCUGGUUCAGACUGCUGGUCCUGGUUCAGACUGCCGGUCCUAGUUUUAGACUGCUGGUCCUGGUUCAGACUGCUGGUCCUGGUUCAGACUGUUGGUCCUGGUUCAGACUGCUGGUCCUGAUUCAGACUGUUGGUCCUGGUUCAGACUGCUGGUCCUAGUUCUAGACUGCUGGUCCUAGUUUUAGACUGCUGGUCCUGGUUCAGAUUACGGAUCCUAGUUUUAGACUACUGGUCCUAGUUUUAGACUGCUGGUCCUGGUUCAGACUGCUGGUCCCGGUUCAGACUGUUGGCCCUGGUUCAGACUGCUGGUCCUGGCUCAGACUCAUGAGUAUGAAAGCUCUGGAAGUGCCUUUAUAUUUAUGAUCUGAUUUGAUAAGUUUAUGUCUUCUUGUCUUUAUUUAUUAUGUUUUUCAUGGUGCUGACUUGUAAUAUAUGUGUUAUGCAUACAGGCAUCUGCAGGUAGAGACGCUCUUUACGUCUGCUUCACCUGUCCAGACCCAUCUGCUGCCUCUGACACCGGCUCUGACUCAGUUUGUGUGUCCAGUGGUUCUGCUGGUCGUCAGGUUCCAUCUGAAUGUUUUCGUCGCUGACAAACGUCUGUGAAUCCGCUCAGAAUCAGACAGAAGGAAGCUUCUGACUCCCUGAGAAGUUUUCUUCAGUAUAAAAGUAAUCUAUUACAUCCAUGCUGCACACAGGAGCAGCUCACUCAGCAGACUGUCACUUUGAAAAUCCCCGUGUCAGACGUCCAACUCUGACCUGAACUGAAAACAUCACAUUCUGUUCAUUAAGAGACGCUGCAGGUGGAAACUCUCCGGAUCAGCCAGAUCCACGUUUCUCCUAUCAGACUGAAAAAUAUUUUAACUGACUGUCUCUGAAAAAUGUCUCUGAAUAUCAGAUUCAAUUCUCUUACUGAGUACAGCUCGUACUGAUACUUCAGUACACCUGUACCUGUACUUCCUGAACAGGAAGUGAGAGACUCCCUCAGAGUCACAUGCAAAACACCAGAAACUACCGGAGGAGACAGAACAGGAAAAAACUUUACGUUGCGACAUCCUGGAAAUCACCCAAAUACUCGAGAGAGAACCUGGUUCUGUGGACUGAACUCAUCCAGAGCUUCACUGAAACAGACGUGACUCACUGUGUGAUGCCACACGUCCACAUGCUGAUACGUUACGUACAUGCUAACUCCUGGUGAUCGAUGGUUCUCUCUGUCAAACCAAACAGGAAGUCUGAACCCGACUGUAUCCAACAUUCACAUGUCUGUUCUGGAAAUAUAUUAAAUUAAAUAUUUGUAGAAUUAAACAUAAAAUAUCAGAAAACAUAAAAUUUCCAACAUGAGAGACGAAAUUCUGAUCAGCUGAUCUGAAAGAGUCCGUGUCUCUGCUCAUCGCCCUGCUUCUGUCUCUUCAUCUGUUCGUCUCUCCGUUCAAACAUUCUCAGGCUCUUUUUUAAAGUUGCUGCAUGAAACCUUUUCUUGUUUUUAAGCGCGAGACGUUUGGUGUCAGUCUUUGUUUCUGAGGUUGUUUGUUGGAUCUAAACUGUGUUGUGAGACUUUAAUAAGGCAUAUUUUUAUUGUUUUUGUUACUGUACAGUUUUCUAAUGAUUUGUAAAGAAAAGAGCAGUGUGCAGCGGUGAAGGAUGAGCAGGUCGCCUUGUGUCACUCAUGUUAAUAAAGAUUUAAGUCUUUGUGGUU